CACCGUCGCAAGUCCAAUGUCUAGCCUUGCUGGCUACGUUGACCGACGUGUUGUCCUUAUUCUCCAGGAUGGUCGCGUAAUUGUCGGCUUGUUGGCGGGCUUUGAUCAAAAAUCAAACGUUGUACUUUCAGAUUCCAAGGAACGCGUCUUCAGCACAGAUGAAGGAGUUGAAGAGAUUCCUCUGGGGCUGUACCUCGUAAAAGGCGACAUGAUCAUCCUCAUCGGCGAACUCGACGAAGAAAUCGACAAAACAACUGAUCUAUCAACAAUACGUGCAGAACCGAUACCUCCAAUUCGCUACUAGCACAAACCAGCCCGCACAACGCUUGGAUUCGACAUGGAUCGCAGCAGCAAGAUGAGACCGACACGCGUCAUCCAUUGCGGACCCAUCCCAUCCCCACAUAGCGAACCGGCCUCUCAGCGACCCGGUCAAGUCGAUCAAGCAACGUGGAAGCCUUGUUCCAUUGGAUGUCACAGCCAAACGAGACGCCGUCAUUUCGCCAUUGUUUUCGUCGCCUCGUACCAGUUUCCGAUCAUAGCCCAUUUGUGUAUGUUCCCUCUUCUCCCUCUGGAACCGGUUCAGCGCAAUUUCAAUCGGAUUAGACAUCCGAUCCUUCGUCUCAACCCUCACCCAUGGACAUCCCAUGGUAUGCCGACAAGGCCAGCCCACGUACCAAUACCAAUCUCCCCUCUCACAGGGAUUUUUGCCAUCUUCUCGAUAUCGUCGCUUCUGAUAGUCCAUCAGCCUCGAAAAUAAUGAGAAACGUGGAGAAGCC